CUUAAAGUCGGAGAGUGAAAUAAUAAAAUUAAAUAAAAAAAAUACAAAAAUGUCAAAGACUAACUCAAAUAAUGGUGAAUUAUCUAAAAAUAAGGAAUAUAUGGAGACAAAGAAUAAUAAUCUCGAGUCAGGGAAGUCGUCAUUAGAAGCCGCCGACUUUGAAACAGCAAUUUCUGAAACACAUUAUGGAAAAUUCAACUAUUUUCUACUUUUGGUUGCCUUACCUGCAUGUCUCUCAAGCCAAUUUGACACUUCAACCAUGAGUUACAUCCUCUCAAGUGCCGAAUGCGACUUAAAUUUAGAUCUCGUCGACAAAGGAAACUUAAAUGCUGUCACUUAUGGCGGAAUGAUUGCUUCGGCAAUGGGUUGGGGAUACCUUUCUGACACUUUGGGACGAAAAAAACUUCUCAUGUACGGAUAUUUGUUGGAUGGAGCGAUCAAUAUUUUCGUUUCUUUCAGUCAAACUAAAAUUUCCAUCAUGAUUUUUAAGUUUUUUAGCGGAUUUGUGAUUUGUGGACCCUUUGCCGUGUUAAUGAGUUAUUUAUCGGAGUUGCAUGGAAAAAACGUUCGCGGUCGCAUCAUGAUGGCAGUUGGCAUUUGUUUCAGCGUUGGAAAUGUUUUGUUGCCGUUUAUUGCCUGGAUGAUUCUGCCACUUAAAUUUGAAUACGUUUUAAUUGAAAACUUGUUUGAAAUUCACACGUGGCAAAUUUUUUUGGCGGUUUGUUCGAUCCCGCCGUGCUUGAUUGCGGGAAUUUUGGUUGCUUUUCUGCCCGAAAGUCCCAAAUUUUUAAUGUCUCAAGGCAGAAAUGAUGAAGCCAUGAGGGUUUUUCGCCAAAUUUUCAGCAUUAACACCGGAAAAUCGCCUGAUUCGUAUCCUAUAAAAAUUUUAGUAAACGAAGUAAAACCCAUCGAAACAAUAUCAAAAAUUGUUCAAGAUGAUGAGAAUCCACGACGAAGGGACUCACAAUUUGUCACAAAUAUGAAGCAAUUUUCAGUAAUGUUUCGAAAACCUCAUCUGAGCAACUCAAUUCUCGUUUAUGUCAUUCAAUUCGGGAUACUUUUCGGGUUGAACAGUUUACGUUUGUGGGUUCCUCAGCUCUUCAGUAUCAUCUCAGAGUACGAAACAGACUUCCCUUUGGUCAACAAUGGAGGAAAAGGAGCCGAUUUAUGCACAAUGAUGGAAGCAAAAGUCAAUAAAUCUCUUUUAAUGUCAGCUUCGAACUCGGAUUUGGUAGUUGAUGGCUUUGAAGAGUCGAUUUGUAGAGAUGUCACAAAUGCUGAAGUUUAUGAAAAAGCGAUGAUCCUUGGAGCUGUUACGAUGGUCGGUUAUUUAAUAACGGGAUCAAUUAUAAAUGCAGUUGGCAAUAAAAUUAUCUUAAUUAUUGGAUUAAUUUUCUCCGGAUCUUGUGGGAUUUGUCUCUAUUUUGCGAAAGAUUCACUUUCGACGCUCAUUUUGUCGUCUCUGUUCGUGACAACGUCAAGUAUUUGCUCAACCGCCUUGGUUAGUUCGACAGUUUCGAUUUUUCCGACGUCGUUGAGAACAAUGAUCGUGUCAAUCCUGAUGAUGUUCGGGCGAAUAGGAGCUCUAUUAGGCAACGUGAUGUUCCCAAAAUUGAUGGAAACGGGAUGUUUACCUCCAUUUUUGAUGGUUGGAGGAACAGCAAUUGUGUGUGGCGUUGUGUGUUUCUUACUUCCGCGAACCAUUAAACAACCUUUGAAAUAAGGCUUUGGUCGAAAUUCACCCAAAAAGUGAACCCAAAAGGCUCUAACAGGUAAUUUAGUGAAGCCUGAGAUAAAUUUCGCUUAAAAAAAGUUGAUUUUUUGUAUAAAAUCUUUAUAAUUGUAAAUAAAUAUUCAAAAAAAUU